GUUCGCAACACUGCGCCCUGGACACGACAGGUAUGCUGCUCUCGGUGAUACGUCGCUCUACUGGAGCAAGCGCUCUUCGCAGCGCCUCAUCAAUCGUCCACACCCACUACAGCCACUUGACUCGAUCUACCCCAACGCUCCAGCAUCGCACAUUCCUCACGAGCCCCAGAGUCACGAGCUACGUCAUGGCUCGAGCCAAGGUGCUACAUCUCGCGGUGCGUAGCUUCCUGAACUACAACCAGAUCAUCGCGUUAGACAGCGCAUCGUCUCCACUCAGUCACUACUUCACCCGCAGUGCGACGCUACGAGAGCGCGUCUACAUGUACCUGGUUUGUCUGAUUCCACCAGAUCAACCCAUCGACCUUCCAGAUUUCCUUGAUGGCGCUAGACAAGCUGCACACGUCGUGUUCGACCAAAUUUACAGUGAAGAACAGGCUUAUAACCUGUUACAAGAGACAGAAGUGCACCCUGAUUCAUUAUCGAAAGUCGCGAGUGCUGAUUGUAUGGACAAGUGGGCUAACAAGUUGGAAGCGCAACGAAAGGCACUGCAGCUACCGGUCGGUACCAAAUUUAAGCUGGAGAAACUCCAGGUGCAUGACGUCAGACUAGCAGGGGCUGAGUACGAGUACUCGGACGCUCCAAUGGACCAGAAUAAUGACACGUGCAGCAUGUACCACAUGAACGAGGCCGUGAGCUUGAAGGUGCGAUAUGUUGUCACGGAGCACUUACUGGCGUCAAGAAACGGUGGAGAAAACUACCUGACGCGGCAUGCUGUCAAGACGACCUUCGACUGGAGUUUCUACUCGGAUGUAUCUCGCGCUCGGUUUGUGGACUGGCAUAUUACGAAAGCGACUCCUUUCAAAGUGGAGACAACACUGGGCAAACGACAUGUGAAGAACAAGAUUCCUGCUCCGAUUUAAAGUGCGCUGGCGGGCGCGGCAAGGCAUUGAGGCUUUUUGAGACCGCAUAGACAUUUGCAUUCUGUAUAGUUACAUUUUAGAAUUCUAACAAGAUACAUAAUGAGAGAUUUUGUUGUAGAAUGAAGGCU